AUGCUUACUUUGGAUCUUAAUAUACCACCCGGGCUACAAGUCCAUGACAAAGGAGAAGGAAGCAACGGCCGCAGGCAAGGCCGGCUAGGCGUAGGUCAUGCCGGCUGCGGGCGAGGACAAGCUGUUGUUCGCCACAUAGGCAGCUCGUCCGGUGCUGAACGCCAUCUUCGUUUUGGCUGGCGCCAUAGUCGUGGGUUCGCCGAGCAUGAGGACAGCGGCGCGUACAGCGCACAUGACGACGGUGCUUUCGUUUCUCACGACGGCGGCGCGUACAGCGCACACGACGACGACGCUUUGGGCGCUCACGACGGAGGCGCUUUCGUUUCUCGCGACGGCGGCGCGUACAACGCACACGACGGCGGCGCGUACGGCGCACACGACGACGACGCUUUCGGCGCUCACGACGGAGGCGCUUUCGUUUCUCACGACGGCGGCACGUACGGCGCACACGACGGCGGCGCGUACGGCGCACACAGCGACGACGCUUUCGGCGCUCACGACGAAGGCGCUUUCGUGUCUCACGACGGCGACGCGUACGGCGCACACGAUGAUGACGGCCACGACACGGACCAACAGGACGAGGAAGACGGCCACGGCACGGACCAUAACGCCGAAGAUCAUGAGAACAACAACAUCAUCGAUCUAAAUGUGAUGGCCAAUAGGAGGAGAAGGACAUUUCAUACUGAUGACGAUAAGCGUUUACUGUACACGGCCAUUUUGGAGAUAAAUGGCCGUGGUCCGUUGAAACGUGGGGUGACAAAGAAAAUAUCAGCUAAACAUAAAGUGCCGGUUAGGGUUCUUCGACGGAUAUGGGACAAUGGUAGGAGAGGUGGUGGUGUGAAUGCGGUUAUCAACAAGAGGGCGGGCAGAGUUGGUAGAAAGUGUGUUACAUUGGACUCAGAUGCUUUAGCUGCCGUCCCUCCAAAUGAUCGAACAACAAUUAGAGAUGUUGCCGGUGCAUUGAACAUGGCGAAGACCACCGUUCACAGGCUUUUGAAGGAACAUGAGCUAUGCAAACACACCAAUGAACUCAAGCCUAUGCUAACAGAAGAAAACAAGAAAGCUCGUGUCACGUAUUGCAUUUCAAACCUAGAACCUGCUAGUAUGCCGGAGAACCCUGUCUUCAAGGAUUCGUUCAAUGUGGUCCAUAUUGAUGAAAAGUGGUUUUAUCGUACAAGAAAAACCCAAGGGGUUUAUUUGGGCAUCAACGAGCCGAAUCCCGUGAGGCACACCAAAAACAAGGGACACAUCGAGAAGAUCAUGUUUCUUGCUGCUGUUGCUAGGCCAAGAUAUGAUAUGCAAGGCAAUUGUACUUUUGAUGGUAAAAUUGGAAUUUGGCCCUAUGUUGAGUGGAAACCGGCGCAGAGGAGAAGCCCAAACAGGCCUAGAGGAACUUUGGAGCUCAAGCCAUGCGAUAGAGUCGGCAUGGAGAAGAGCCGGGAAUACUUGAUCACAAAGGUGUUGCCGGCAAUCAAGGAGAAGUGGCCGCAAGAGGAUCGAUGCAAGCCUAUUUUCAUCCAACAGGACAAUGCCAAGACACAUGUCCGACCAGAUGAUCCGGUGGUAUGUGCGGCGGCUACUCAAGAUGGUUGGGACAUUAGGGUUGUGAUGCAACCACUUAAUUCUCCAGACACUAACGCUCUAGAUCUUGGCGUUUUCAACUCUCUUCAGUCCGCGUUUGAGAAAAAGAUGCCAAAGAAUCUUCAAGAAAUUCUUCAAAAAGUGGAUGAGACCUGGAAUGAACAUGAUGCAGACAAGUCCAACCGUGUGUUCCUUAGCAACCAAGCCGUAAUGCGGGAAAUAAUAAAACACAAGGGUUCCAUAGACUAUGAUCUUCCUCACCUUAAGAAGAAGUCUUUUGGAAGGGGCAAACUACCACGUAGGCUACCUUGUGAGCCCGAAUUUGUAGUCGCGGCACUAGAAUAUGUAGCCUGAAUUUGUAAUGCAAUGAUGUCCUUUUGUUAUCUUAAACUGCAUGCAUGCAUGCAUGACUUUUACU